AUGGAAAUUAAGUAUAAGUGGAUAUUUUCUCUAAUCCUUAGCACAAAUGUCCUUAUAAACUUAGACCACGGUAUCAUUCCUGCAGCAACUCAAUAGAUAGAGGCGUCUCUGGACUUGAGUGCUGAAGAAUUAGGAUACUUGGGAUCACUAGUUUACGCCGGUAUAUCGUUGGUUGGGUUAUUUGGAGGGAAACUUUUUAUACAUUUUAAUGCCAAGAUGAUAAUCUCAAUUAGUUACAUUGGAAUGUUGGGUUCUUUACUAAUGUUUCCUCAACAUUACAAGAGCAGUUGGUUGUUUUAUUUGAGUAGAUUCUUAACAGGUUGUGCUUAGGCCCCUAUGAUGAUUUAUUUUCCAGUGUGGGUGGACAACUUUGGUGAAGAAUCAAAGACCAUUUGGUUGACAAUAUUGUAAGGAGUGAUUCCUUUGGGAAUAUUUGUUGGGUAUGUGUUGUCAAGUGUGAUUUCGAAUAUAUGGAGUUGGCAAUUGGCAUUCUAUGCUUAAGUGGUAUUGUUACUUCCAUGUGCAAUAUUUUUUAUGUUGUUUGUAAGAACAAAGGAUUUCGAAAUAAAGAGAGCCAAAAGGAGCAAGGUAGACAAAAAUUCAGUGAACCCAGAGGACUUGGGAGCUUCAAUUUUGAGUAUGGCCUCUCAUAAGUCAUAUUGGCAGAUGAUGAAAGAAUUAUAUUCGAUAAGGUUAUGGUUGUGUUGCACAAUAGUGAUCAGCAUAUUGUACUUCAUAGUAACAGGGAUACAAUUUUGGAUGACUGAUUAUAUGAUAAUAGAGAUGCAUUAAAAUUAGAAAACUGUUAAUAUAGUUUUUGCAGUAGUUUCAAUAACAGGGCCAGUUUUUGGUUGUAUUACAGGAGGAUUGAUAGCUUAGAAAUUAGGAGGUUAUGAAAGAACCAAGUCACUUUACAUUUGUGUAGUUUACUGUUUUAUUUGCUGUUUGAGUGCUACUCCAGUUCCAUUCACAGAGACAUUCUGGUUCGGAGCAUUAUGUGUUUGGUUCCUAUUGUUUUUCGGGGGAGCAAUUGUUCCUCCUUUGAUGGGAAUCAUGCUUUCAUCUGUUCCUAAACACUUGAAGGCCUUUGCGAAUUCAAAUACUACGAUGUUUUAGAAUUUGUUUGGCUUUUUACCAGCACCUUCGAUUUAUGGAUUUCUCAUGGAAAGAUAUAAUGCAAAGGUGGCUGUCAUCACUUUGAUGUACUACUCUUUUGCUGGAUUGCUGUUUAUGUUGAUUGCAGUCUAUUUCAAGAAAUAGGAAAUUAAAAACAGAAAGAAAAACACCCCUACUACAAUUAUAAAUAGAACAGAAUCAGUACUUGAGGAUUAAGAGAAUUUCAAUAUUACAGAUAGGGUUCUUCAAUAUGGUGAUAUGCCUUUGAGUGUGUCCUUGGCUCAACAUAUUGAUGAUCAAAUACCAAAUUACGAAUAUGAAGGCAAUAAAGAAUAAGAAUGA